AUUAGACUUAAAUAAACAACAUAUAAAGAGUUUAAAGCGAUUCUGUGACUGGUUAAUGAGAAACACGAAGAAAUGAUAUAGGAUAGUUGGCACCCACACUCGCAUACCCAUUAUUUCGCGGGCUUUUUGGGGAUGUUGCAAGCCGAGUUUUCUUGCAGCGUUCUACCUGUGUUCUCUAGUGUUCUUCAGGCGUUUAUUGUGUUCUUCCCGUGUUCUAUCAAGCCCUGGAACACCCGUGAUGAGUGGUCAAGUUGAGAACAUAAGCUCCAGGGUGCCGGCAGUGUCGCCAGCUAAGACAGCGACCACCACCCAGAGCGUCAACAAGCCUGAGAGGAACAAGGAUGCCUCGCCCGCCAAGAGGAAGCUGGACAGCCUCGCCUCGGCCAGCUCCUCCACCCUCGGCCUCUCCCUCCUGCCCGUCUCCAGGCUCCUCAAGAAAAGCUUUAAUCUCAUUGCGUCGGAGGAGUCUGCGGUCGAGAAGCCAAGGAGUCGCCCGUUCGUGGUGUCAAUUGAGGGGAACAUCGGCAGUGGCAAGUCCACCUUCCUACAGCACUUCUCAGCCAUGCCCGAGGUCGAGACACACCAGGAACCUAUUGACCUCUGGACCAACCUGAAGGGCCACAACCUGCUGGGGAUGCUGUACCAGGACCCCAAGCGAUGGAGUUUCCUCUUCCAGUCGUAUGUUCAGCUGACGCGGCUCGGCAUUCACCUUCAGCCUUCCUCCGCCCCCGUCAAGCUUAUCGAACGCUCCCUACAGAACAACAGGUACUGCUUCCUGGAGAUUGGGCGGGAGUGUGGUCACCUCCAGGACGCCGAGUACAGUGUCCUUUGCAAGUACUAUGAGCUGGUGGAGUCUCAGCUGGAUAUCGGCAUUGAUCUCAUAGUGUACCUCAGGACAAGCCCAGAGGUGGUGCACGCCAGGAUGCUGAAGAGGGGGCGCACGGAGGAGGCCAACAUCCCCCUGGAGUAUCUAAAGAAGGUCCACAAGUACUAUGACCGCUGGCUGCUCCACCGUCAACCGCGCCCGCCACCCGCUCCUGUUCUUGUCAUUGAUGCGGACCAGGCGCUCGAGGAUGUCAAGAGGCAGUUUGACCUCAAGAAGCAGAUCAUCAUGGGUCAGGAAGCUGCUGUCUGACUCACUCACUAAUAUUUUCAUCAUUCCCAUUUUCUUCUAUCAUAUUAGUUUCAGGGUAUACUCUCCCUUUCCUUCAUUUUCAUUUUCCGUUACUAGAUUUCUUCAUCAGUCAAUUUUUUUUACGUUUCCCCUUCAAUCACUAGUUUUCUAUCAUUCCCAUUUUCUUCUGUCACACCAUUAGUUUCAUUGUACACUCUCAUUUUCCUUUAUUUUCCUCUUCCGUCACUACAUUUCUUCAUCACUCAAUUUUUUAUGUUUCCCCUUCAAUCACUAGUUUUCUAUCAUUCCCGUUUUCUUUCUAUCAUAGUCUUACUUAUUUUUCACGCUCCCAAAUGAGGCUAAAAGUACAGACAUGUAGGGUAAGGUUUUAACUGUAUAUAGCGUGGCUUUCAGGGCACUGGUUAAGAUUAUAAGUGUAUAUAGUGUGUGUGUGUCUAUGGGUGUUUUAAAUGUUAUUUAAGGCUAAGACACCGUUUGUAAAUCUUCUAGCUAUCGAGAAUACAUGCAGUGGAAAUGAGUUAUAUGAGAGGUGCAUGUGGUGUGUCAGGAUGGGAUGGAGAAAGUGAUGAAAGCGUGUGUGAGUGGUUUGGUAUGGGUGCAACAGCGAAAGGAGUGGAGCGGGUGAAGCGUGAUGCAUUGAGAUGGUUUGGACACGUGAUGAGAAUUUGGGAGAAUGAAUUUGUGAAGAGCGUGUGUGAGGGAAGGGGUGUCAGGGGAAGACCAUGCGGUGAAGUGGAUCAAUAGGGUGAGUGAAUUGGAAGUAGCAGGAUUGAGUGUGCUGAGAGGGAGUGCCAGAACAGGGAGAGAUGGAGACGCUUUUUCUUCGGCCACCCCCUGGAGGGAAGUUAUUGCAAGGGAGGAAGGCAUUGGAGAUAUAGAUAGAUAGAUAGUGUUUUAAUAGACAGAUUCCAUGUGUGUUAACCCAUUUUUGUGAUAGAAUAGAGAAUUGAAAUGUUAAGGAAAUUAAUAUGACGUGGAACUAAAUUGCAUAAGGUUUAAUAAGGGCAUUUUUUAUAAUAUUUAACACUAUACAAAUGUUUUAAGAGACAAUCCAGAUAUUUAUAGAGUGGAAUGUUAAGAAAAUGAAUGAGCCUUUGAACUAAAUGACAUAGGGUUUCAUAAGGCCAUCUUUUUAAAUGUUUAAGACUGUAAGAAUGAGAAUGUUUGAAGUCUGAAUCCAGAUGUGUUACGCCAUUUUUUGUAAUGAACAGAAAUUGAGUGGAUAGUUACGGACAUGAAUGAGACUUUGAAUGAAAUGACAUAGGGUUCCAUAAGGGCAUUUUUUGUAAUAUUUAAGACUAUAAGGAUGAGAGAGUUAAAAGAGAGAAUCCAGAUGUGUUAAGCCAUUUUUGUGAUAGAAUAUUGGAGUGAAAAUUUAAAGAAAUAAAUGAGGUUUCUAGUUAUAAAUGGCAUAGGCUGAAGGGCAUUUUCUAUAAUAUUUAGCACCAUAAGGAUGAGAGUUGUAAAAGGCAGAAUCCAGAUGUGUUAAGCCAUUUUUGUGAUAGAAUAUAAAAGUGAAAUGUUAGAGAAAUAAAUGAGAACUAUAAAUGACAUACGUUUUCAUAAGGGCAUUUUUUUAUAUACAUUUAAUACUUAUAAGAAAGAGAUGCAGAAUAUUGUGUCCAGAUAUGUUUACUAUAUAUAUUUUAUACUUUUAUUUAAGUUUCUCCACUUUUGAUAUAUUGUUUUGUAUUGAAAGUCUAGAUAAAGUACUAUAGAAGGAGA